AGAGAUUCUCUUACCUUUCUGCCCAACCAAACACGACCGAUACAAUAAAUUAAAAGAACCAAAAAAAAAAAAAAAAAAAAAAAUGUUUCUUGUUGAUUGGUUCUAUGGAAUCCUUGCUACUCUUGGUUUAUAUCACAAGGAAGCAAAGAUUUUAUUUUUGGGUCUUGAUAAUUCUGGCAAGACGACGCUGCUUCACAUGCUCAAGGAUGAGAGGUUGGUGCAGCAUCAGCCAACCCAAUACCCAACAUCAGAAGAAUUGAACAUAGGGAGGAUACAUUUCAAAGCCUUUGAUUUGGGUGGUCAUCAGAUCGCUCGCAGAGUCUGGAGAGACUACUACGCCAAGGUUGAUGCUGUGGUUUACUUGGUUGAUGCUUACGACAAGGAAAGAUUUGCGGAGUCAAAGAAGGAGCUUGAUGCUCUUCUCUCAGACGAAACACUAACCAAUGUCCCUUUUCUUAUUCUGGGAAACAAGAUCGACAUACCAUAUGCAGCUUCGGAGGAAGAGUUGCGCUACUACAUGGGCCUAACGAAUUUCACAACAGGCAAGGGGAAGGUUGAUCUAGACGGCUUAAAUGUCCGCCCUCUCGAGGUUUUCAUGUGCAGCAUUGUCCGCAAAAUGGGUUAUGGUGAGGGUUUCCAGUGGCUCUCACAGUACAUCAAAUAACAUACAAAAUGAUAAAUCAUCUUAUAGAUAGUAACCUUCGUAGAGCUGUUGCUAUGUCUCCGUUAUAGUAUUAGCUUGUGUUAGAGCCUUGAGGGAAAGUUAAAUAUAGUUGGUGAAAGUCUAAUACGUCAAUAUUAGCUUGGAAACUUUCUGUGUGCUGUAAGUAUGGCUGUAAUAUAUAA